AUGGCAACCCAGCUGGUGCCGCUCCCAGAGGUGGAGCGCCUCAGCGCUUCGGUUGUCCGAAUCUUGGGUGGAAACCCAGGCAAAUUCACACUCCAAGGCACGAAUACAUACUUAAUUGGUCGCGGGCACCAGAGAAUCCUCAUAGACACUGGAGAAGGACAGCCGGCAUGGGCCCAAAACCUCAAGACUGUAUUGACAGCGGAGAAAGCCACCGUGCACCAGGCUAUCAUCACCCACUGGCACGGCGACCAUGUCGGCGGUCUCCCGGAUCUACUCCAGAUGUGCCCGCAGGCCCAGGUUUUCAAACACCAGCCGGAACCAGAGCAAAAUGAGAUCCAAGAAAGCCAGACCUUCUCCGUCGACGGUGCCACGUUAACGGCACUACAUACGCCAGGCCACACGGUCGACCACAUGGCCUUUAUUCUAGAAGAAGAAAACGCAAUGUUUACAGGUGACAAUGUCUUGGGCCAUGGCACGGCAGUCUUCGAAGAUCUGAAGACCUACCUCAGUAGCCUGCACCGCAUGCGUGACCGAGCCUGCGGUCGCGGAUACCCCGGUCAUGGGGCGGUGAUUGAGAAUUCCGGGGCGCGUAUCACGGAGUACAUCAAGCACCGACAGCAGCGCGAAGACGAGGUGCUGCACGUGCUCAAAUUUGGAUCGCUGGAUGGGACAGUGGUGGAUAUUAAGCCAUGGACGCCUCUGGAGCUCGUGAAACAGAUUUACAAGGGUGUUCCCGAGUCAUUGCACUUGCCAGCUUCGCAUGGGGUUGCCCUGGUGCUUGCGAAGUUGGAAGAUGAGGGAAGGGUCGUGGAAAGGGAUGGGGGAUGGAUGUUGAGUGAGCGGUCAGCAUUGUGA